AUGAGUGAAGGAAAAGUUUCCUGCAAAGUUGUCCUUUCUUUCCACCGUCUAGACACCUCACAUGUGAAUCUCGGGGAGUACCAGAUGUCGCCUUUGAUUCAUCAAGCGCUUUUGCAUGCACAAUAUGAAGCGGAAAGCCGUGGAGAGCCUUUAAAAAUAGACAUUAAUAAUAUGAGUGAUCUUCAAAGACUUCGUUUCUUCAGUAAAGUCUUAGAAGGACCUCUUAAACUCAUGAGUUCUGUAGGCGGGUCGUGGAUUCCUCUUUAUUUUAAAGCUACAGAAAGACGCAGCGGUAAAUGGGAAUGGCAGUACUGGAAUUCAAAAGAAGAAUGCUUGGCUGGGGAGAAGAAGAAGGGGGGAUAUUCAUUUUUAGCAAUAAGUUUGGUGCUUCCUGACAAGUACGACCGCAAUACAUUUUAUGUCCGCUAUCACAAUUAUCAAGGCGUUCAUGAUUUGUUCUUUAGGCGAGUAGAUCGUGACAGAAACCUGUGGUCCAAUGGUCUGUAUGAAUUCAUUGAGAGGCUUCGGGAGUAUCUCGAGAAGUCUCCAGACCUCCCUGCAGCAGAAGCAUACUUUGAGAAGAAGCUCAGAGACGAAGAAGCAGAGACAGACGGAAAGCAUGCAGGGAGACGCAAACGCAGCAGCUCAAGACACAGCACCAGAGGUAGUAGAGCUGGAGAUGCUCUUAAUAAAAGUAAAAUACAAGACUUAUCAGAUAUUAAACGUAUAGCAAGCCCCAGACAAACUGCUGCAACUGAACAAGAAAGACCUAGAGUCGCUCAGCUUAAAAGAAGAAUGGUAGAGGGGCUAAUGAUGGAAUCUGUUAGUAGCGAUGAUAGCAAUGAUGAAGAGAAGUCAGUCUCAGAUACUUUUAAUAAGCCAGUUAGAACUAUAAACUCCUCCGCAUCUACCCUUCAUGGAGAGCGCAGCAAAAACUACUCUAGCGAUGAAUAA